AUGCACACUGGAGAGAAACCAUAUCAGUGUUCUGAAUGUGACAAAGCUUUUACACAUAAGUCAGAUCUUAUAUCACACCAGAGGAUUCACACUGGAGAGAAGCCAUAUCAGUGUUCUGAAUGUGACAAAGCUUUUACAAAUAAGUCAUAUCUUAUCAUACACCAGAGGAUUCACACUGGAGAGAAGUUAUAUCAGUGUUCUGAAUGUGACAAAGCUUUUACAAAUAGGAUCCACACUGGAGAGAAACCAUAUCAAUGUUCUGAAUGUGACAAAGCUUUUACACAUAAUCAAGUCUUACACACACACCAGAGGAUUCACACUGGAGAGAAGCCAUAUCAAUGUUCUGAAUGUGACAAAAACAUUUAA